GCACCCUUGAUAGGAGCUUGAUCCUCACAAAUGUCAAAACCCGUGACUAGCAACAGAAAAAGCAGAGAUUUUGUGUUGUAGUGCAUUGUGAUCCAGAUUUUUGCAAUCCCCAUUAACGUUUCUCUAUCUUUUUCCUUACCCAUCUGAUUUUUCGAGACCCUUCUUGAAGUAAAAAGGAAGUUGCCAUUUGCCAUAGCUAUAUAUGAGGCAGUAAUCUUGAGCUAAUAUUUGUCUGGUUUCAGGUGUAGGAUUGAAGGAGGAAGAAAAAAGAAAGAAAGAAAGGCCAAUGGAAAGUGACAAGACAGCCAUCACAAGCAAGGAAAUGAAAGUUGAAGUGCCGUGUGGGAGCGAAAAUGGUAUGGAGCUACAAGGUGUUGUUGUUCAGGGCCAUGGUGGUGGUGGGGGGCUCACUAGACAGACCAGUAUGAGCAAGACCAAUUGCCUUUGUUCUCCCACCACGCACACUGGUUCGUUCAGGUGUCGCCUUCACCGAACCACAAGCCUCAACAGGACUAAGAGCAUUGAGUCAGCUUCGACCCUCCCUGAUCAGCUGUCUACGGUGGCUGAUAUCCCCAAAGAUCAGAUCCAUUGAUCUGCUCAAGUUUCUCUUUAUCCGAUUGUUAGUCAUUAGUAGUGGUAUCAGAUUUUCUUUGUGUUUCUGAUGUUGACAAAUGUAAGUUCUGGUGUGUUAUUAUGUGAAAUAACUUGCCCAGUCGACUUGGAUUGCACAUGAAGAUCAGUGAGCCUACUGGGCGGCUCUGCUUCAAGAACAAGAACAAAAUCCAAGACUGUUUCGAAUUCUAACCCAAAUGGAGAAUCUCAUCAGUGGCACUCAUUUUCUGAUUCUAGUCCAUUUGGUUUAGCUACUUUGUCUUUUUCUGGAUAACAGAUCAUUCACGUACGCCUAUGUGGAUAUGUUUAUUCUUCUCCAUACAAAUGAGAGAGAGUGAUAUUUUGGUUUUAAAUCUGAAGCUUUCAGUUUGAUAUCUGCAAAUGAUUUGUACGUCCUAACAAUAUUUCCUGUGAGUAUUACUUCAUUAAUUAUUGAAUUCACUAGUUUUUAAUAAAGCUUCCUGUUUUAAUAUUAUGAACAUGUGAGAUGCAUCAGAGACAUAGGUAAAUACCAAAUUAGGCAGCGGAAAUGCGCGGGCACCUUGAUUGAGUAAAAAUAUCAGAUUCAGAGCAGUUGGUAAUGGCCAUGAUUGCAGUAAUGAAGUCAAGUUGUUAGCAACAAUGGUUUUUUUUUUUUUUGGGCCAACAACAACAAUGGUUAUUAUUUGCUGCUGCUCUCCAUCAUUCCCCUACGCAUUUUGCGCCAUGUUGAAGCUUUUCAUUCUUUUGUACGGCUUCUUGUUACUGGUUCGGCAUUCCAAGAUU